UUUGGUUGGUUUGCACUCGCGUUGCUAGGGCACCUCCAGUGUGUCAACACCACCACAAACAUACCUGUAUAGUAUCGUCAACCUCGACAUCAUCGACACCACGCAACCCAUUUUACCCCAGUACUUCAACAAUUCCAACAAUAAAAGUAUCUGAAUCAGUAAACAUGCCUACAACGCCAACACCUUACAAGCCCUCACCACUCUCCUUCAAUAGCCCACGCACAUCGCCCUUCCGACGCCCCAAUACUCCGCUAGCUCAGUCGCCUUCCACUGUCAAACCCUCAACACCCACCAGCUCUCCUCUUAAGCCCACUACACCCACACAGACCACACAGACCGCCCCGCUACGAAGCUCCGCUACCAGCAAUGCCUCGCAGAAUCCCCCUCCAUGGAUGACCAGACGCGGUUCCAGCACCGCUCCCGAAGUGCCGCGAUCCCCUACACGAAACGUCUCGUCUUCAACACAAAGUACCCUCCGCGCAUCCACAGCCUCCAUCGCCGCGAAGUUUGACGGUGCGAGCACGCCGCCACCAUUGGAGCGACCCGCUGAACGCCUACCCGAGCGAGAGGUUGAGAAACCGCUUGAACCACGACCACUUGAGCCGCGACCAGCACGACCCGCAAUGGCAGCGCGCAGCACCAGCACGGAUGCGCUCUCCAAGAUUCCACCUCCGCUUCUCCACAGCAUGCGCGAGUCCUUCAGCGUCCUCGAUCGCGACAAUAGCGGCAGCGUGAAUUCGGCAGACGUCGCGGAUAUGCUUUCCCAGCUUGGUUUGAGUGCUACGCCUUCGACGCUGGCGCAUUACUUUCCCAACGGCGCUACUUCUAUCAACCUAGCUACGUACCUCAAUACACUGUCCGACCUUCUUUCUGGACUGUCACACCCAAGCGAGCUGAAUGCGGCGUUUGAGGCUUUCGACGAUGGAGAUGAUGGUCAGAUUGACCUGGGAGAGUUGAAGGAUGCUUUGUUGCACACUGCCCCCGAACCGGGGGAACAGCGGUUGACGGAGCGAGAGAUUGAUAUGGUUGUCGAUGGAUUCAGUGGUAGGAGAGCAUUUGGGAAAGCCAGUAGGGGACUUGGUCGAGGCGAGGUUUUCAGGUAUCAAGAGUUUGUUGCGAAUGUUACAGGAGGUGGGAAUAACGGCGCAGCAGCAGCUACGCCGACAUAG